AUGGCGCGGUUGCGGCAGUGGGUGCUGGCCAACUUCGCCUCGUCGUGGUUCCUCCUGGCGCCGCUGCUGGCGGCGUACGCGCCGCGGCGGCUGUUCCUGACCUACUUCAACGUCUUCCUCCGGCGCCACGCGCGGCGGGACGCCAGCGAGCUCCGCGACGAGGGAGCCGAGGAGGGCGACGGCCUCGUCAUCAGCAUGCGCGACGGCCAGGACGUGUCCGACGAGUUCCAGGGCGCCACGUUCAUGUGGUCGUCCGUGACGGACGAGGCGUCUGGGGAGGGGCAGCAGAACAGCAGCCGCCGGCGCGAGGUCCAGCGCCUCACGUUCCACAAACGCCACCGACGGCUCGUGAUCGACGAGUACCUGCCGCACAUCUGCCGGAGAGGCCGCGAGGUCCUCUUCGGCAACCGCCGCCGCAGGCUGUACAGCAACAACAGGAUCUCGCAGUUCUCGUGCUACGACGACGACAACGCGUGGAGCUUCGUCAACUUCGACCACCCGACGACGUUCGAGACGCUGGCCAUGGACCCGGCCAAGAAGAAGAAGAUCAUGGAUGACCUCGACGCGUUCCGGAACAACAGGGACUUCUACCGGGGCACCGGCAAGCCAUGGAAACGGGGGUACCUGCUCUACGGACCGCCGGGCACGGGCAAGUCCACCAUGAUCGCGGCCAUCGCCAACCACCUCAACUACGACAUCUGCAACGUGGAGCUCACCAUCGUGAACAACAACGACGACCUCCGCAAGCUCCUCAUCCAGACAGCCAGCAUGUCCGUCAUCGUCAUCGAGGACAUCGACUGCUCCCUGGACCUGACGGGCGACCGGAGGUCCAAGAAGAAGAAUCGAUCGUACCGCAGGAACGAGGAUGACAGCAAGGUGACGCUAUCCGGCCUGCUCAACUUCAUCGACGGGCUGUGGUCGGCUUGCGGCGGCGAGCGGAUCGUCGUUUUCACGACCAACCACGUGGACAGGCUCGACCCGGCGCUCAUCCGGCGGGGCCGGAUGGACAUGCACAUCGAGAUGUCCUACUGCGGCUUCGAGGCGUUCAGGACCCUGGCCAAGAACUACCUCGGCAUCGACGCGCACCCGCUGUUCGGCGCCGUCGAGGAGCUGUUGAAGGAGGUGGACAUCACGCCGGCCGACGUCGCCGAGUGCCUCAUGACAACCAAGAACGCCGGCUCCGAGGAGGAUGCCAGUCUUGAGUACCUGAUCGAGGAGCUCAAGAGGAAAAAGGAAGAGGCCAAGGCUUCGGCGGAGGCAAACUCGGCCAAAACGGACAAUGAUCAAGCCGUGCAAGAAGAUGAUGAGCAAAAGUCAGAAGAUUCAGGAGAAGAGGAUGAAGAUUCGGAGUCCUCGGAAGAAUCUGAUGACACCCCGGGAGGGGAUCAAGCAUUCAAGCCACACACAACCAUGACUGGUGCGAGAUAG